AUGGAGUUUGAUACGGAACAUGAGGCAUACGGUUUUUAUAAUAUAUAUGGGGAUAGACUUGGAUUUAGCAUCCAGAAGGAGUAUUUUAAUAAUAGCCGUAAAACUGGGAAAUUUUUAAUGAGGUUGUUUACUUGUUGCAAGGAGGGUGCCGGGAAGAAUGACAGAAAGGACAUACAUACAAAGAUUCCACGAUCUGAAACAAUAAUUGGUUGGGGUGCACGAAUGCAUAUUAAAUAUAAUGAACUAAAUGGAAAAUACUUAGUUGAUAAUUUUGUAGAAAGUCAUAACCAUCCCUUGAUAAUUGAUGAAUGCACACACAUGAUGUCAUCACAGAGAUGUAUUUCUAGCGUCCAGGCCAUUGAUGUGGAGUUGGCUUCAAAUUCAGGAAUUGCACCUCGUAAUUCAUAUGAGUUAAUGGCAAAGCAAGUUGGUUGCAGAGAAUCAGUUGGAUACAUUAAACUGGACCAAUAA